CGAAGGAAAAGAGCUGCGCUUUGGGUUUUUCUCCCUGGGAAAUUCACAGCAAUAUUUCUUCCUCCGCUCUUGUGUGUCUUCCCUCAGUUUUGGGAGGAGGGUGGAAAUGGUUUGAACGGGAGGGGAGGAGAAAAGCCAGGCAGCCAAAAAAGAGAGAGAGAGAGAAAGAGGGGGGGAAAACUCGCCAGACUUCGCCUGCUUAUUCGGCGCCCAGUGCUGCACUGCGCCGUCUCCAGUUUUGGGGAUGUUGAGGACUUUUUGCCUCUGCUGCACUUCUCGCUGCCUUCGCUCUUGCAUUAAGUCUCUUUAGACGUCUUUAUGCUCAUUUUCAAGGAGGCGGGGGAGAAGAACAAGGAGGAGGAGAAGGAGGAGGAGUAAGAGAGGGAGAGACUAGCCAGACCGAUUAGCCUGAAGCCUGAAACACACACACCAACUCUUCUCCCUUACUCUCUCUCUCCGUGACACACACACACACACACACAUAGACACACACUUAUGCACUCCUCUGGCUCUGCGCUGCACCAAGGUAACACAGAGUGGAUUUAGAUUUAGCUUUAAGCCAUCUGGUCCGAGCACCGGGGGGAGAAAACCUCACUGCUUGCGCAGGCGGUGGUGGUGGGAGAAAGGAAAAGGACGAUGCAGCACUGAAAAAAAAGAAAGAAAGAAAAGCGGAAACCAAAGAUUAAAAGAGAGUGGCACACAGACACAGAGAAGGGAUGGCCACCGCAGUGUUCCAGGUGUCUUCGUCUUGUGUUCCAGCGACAAACUACGAGCUGGCGCCGAGCAGUGAUCUCCCUCUCAAACAUGUAGACACCAUGGGUUCAACCAAGUCCUCGAAGAGUAUGGAGUCUCGGCGCAGACCAUCAAGGAGUGUGAGUCUGCUGCAGGCGCUGGAGGAGAGCUACGAGCUGGACCUGAUCUACAUCACCGAGAGGAUUAUCUCCGUCUCCUUCCCCAGCAGCGUGGAGGAGCAGAGCUACGCCGCCAAACUGCGGGAGGUGGCCUCCAUGCUGCGCUCCAAACAUGGACACAACUACCUGCUCUCAACCCUGAGCGAGAAACGCUACGACAUCGGCCAGCUGAACCCAAAGGUCUUGGACUUCGGCUGGCCCGACCACCACGCUCCGGAUCUGGACAAGAUCUGCAGCAUCUGCAAGGCCUGGACCACGUGGCUGAGCGCCGACAGUCACAACGUGGUGGUCAUACACAACAAGGGCAACAGGGGCAGAACAGGGGUGGUGGUGGCGGCCUACAUGCACUACAGCAACAUAUCUGCCAGUGCUGACCAGGCUCUGGACCGCUUCGCCAUGAAGCGAUUCUACGGAAAAGUGCUUCCUGUGGGCCAGCCGUCCCAGAAAAGGUAUGUGGAGUACUUCAGCGGCCUGCUAUCCGGACACAUCAAGAUCAACAACAAACCCUUGUUCCUUCACCACGUCAUCAUGCACGGCAUCCCCAACUUCGAGUCCAAGGGAGGCUGUCGCCCCUUUCUCAAGAUCUACCAGGCCAUGCAGCCCGUCUACACAUCUGGGAUCUACAACGUUCAGGGCGACAGCCAGACCAGCAUCUGUAUCACCAUUGAGCCUGGACUACUUCUGAAGGGAGACAUACUGCUCAAGUGCUACCACAAGCGUUACCGCAGCCCGUGCCGAGAUGUGAUUUUCCGGGUGCAGUUCCACACCUGCGCCGUUCACGAUCUGGGAAUCGUCUUCGGGAAAGACGAGCUGGAUGAGACGUUCAAAGAUGACAGGUUUCCAGAAUAUGGAAAAGUUGAGUUUAUUUUCUCCUUUGGACCAGAGAAAAUACAUGGUCAAGGUAUGGAUCAGCUGGAGAACGGGCCCAGCGUCUCGGUGGACUACAACACGCAAGACCCCCUGAUCCGCUGGGACUCAUAUGAAAACUUCAAUCAGGGCUGCGAGGACGCCACCGAUGCAGAGAAUGACGUUAUUCAUACCGAAGGACCCCUGGACGGCAGCCUCUACGCCAAAGUUCGCAAAAAGGAAUCUGUUGACGGAGCAGUCACAUCGAACGGCCUCCCGCCCACUGCUGUUGAACAUGUGCUGCCAGCAGUUGACCACGCUCUGUCAGUUAGCAGCGACUCGGGAAACUCUACUGCCUCCAUCAAAACCGAUCGCACCGAUGAGGCAGCAGUAGCUCCUCAGGCCUCCGCGGUGAGCCAGGCACACAUCCCUGUCGGCGAGGAGUUACCUUCCGUUGCUCACCACACCCAAACCGUCCAACAGCCCAUCAGCCCCCAGGAGAAGAAGGAGCUGGAGCAGCUGCUGAGUGGCUUGGAGGGGCCCAUGCACCGACAGGCCUACCUGUCCACCCCAACGUCGGCAGUUGGGGGGAUGCUUCACUUGGUGCCUGCCCAGGUCCACGUUAACGGACACAGUAGUGUUGACCGUGAAACCGAUAUUUUAGAUGAUGAGCUGCCUAACAGCCAAGAAGGCAACAGCGUCGACAGUCUUGGGACGUUCUCCUCCACGGACGGUCGAGCUACCCCGGCUGACCUCUACUAUCAGUCUGGGUCACUCACCAAUGGCCAAGACCACGUGCCCUAUCUAGAGCGCAGCAUCCCAGAAAAGCCUCUAGAAACCAUCCAACCACAUUUUGGCCUGUCUGAGAAACCUGUCGCUCCAAACCAAAGUGAUAUAACGGGUAAUUACAUGGCGACGCAGAACGGCAGCAUGUACCGCUCUCAGUCGUUUGGAGCAGAGCCAAAGUCCAUGCCGCAAGCUCCCACCCGCACUACGAGUAGCAGGGAUGCCGUCCAACGUGGCCUCAAUGUCUGGCAGCGGUUUGGCGUGCCCGAGGAGCCCGUAACCGAAGGCCUCACUUUCAGUCCACCUCCGUCAGUAGCUGGACUGCCCAGCCACCACAGCCUGCCACAGUUCCCUCAUCGCAACAGCGCCUCCCAGCAGGAGAUUGAGCAAUCGAUUGAGACCCUUAAUCUUCUCAUGUUGGACCUGGAACCGAGUCAUUCACUGGUGACCAAAUCCCAAAGCGCUCCAUUGCGGGAAAACACUGUAGUGACCACACAGCCGUCCUUCUCCCAGACUCAAGCCAGACCCUCCUACCAGGCUGAUGAUGCCAUCCACACCCACUUCUCUGGCCCAGUGUCCGGCCACGUCGGUCAUUCUUUACCAUCCCAGAUGUCGCCUGGAAAGCCAAGUACUCCAGAGCCAGCCCCUGUCCAAGUUUCCCACACGUCUGACGCAAUUGCAAGUAGUGUCGCUUCACAAGUUCCACCAGCUGCCGGUGGUCAUCUUCAACUGAAGUCCAGCUUCCCACCAUCCACGCCGCAGCAGCCUGUGUCCGAGGUCCAGAGUGGUCCGAGCACAGCAUCCCAGGCAAGAGACAGCGAGCCCGAUGAAGCCUUCAACGUAGAAGGUCUGGUGGCUCAAAGAGUGGCUGGUGUCCAGGCCCGGGUGGACGAGCCUUCAACGCUUCCCCGCCACCGCCUCGCCAGUGACGGCCAGCAGCCAAACGGCCCCGACGACGGCCUGUCUCCCGACGGUCCAGUUCGCUCCCCCGUGCGCUGCGUCUCUCCAGAGUUCGUCAACGCCAUCGCCAUGAACCCCGGAGGACGACCCAAGGAGAGAAAUAUGCACAGCUACCGAGAAGCCUUCGAGGAAAUGGAGGGAGGCCCCAUCAGUCCUACCCCCAUAGUUGGUGGUGAGGUGUUUCCCCAAACCCCCGCCUUCCCCAUCUCGCCGCAAACCCCUUACUUCAACCUGUGUCGGUCUCCUCCUGGUCUCGCUAAGACGCCGCUGUCAGCUCUGGGUUUGAAGCCCCACAACCCAGCAGAAAUCCACCUCAAUCAAACAGGCUCAGAUGAUGAGAGCAGUGAGGGUGAGGAAGCACCAAGGAGUUAUGUAGAAUCGGUGGCGAGAGCGGCGGGUGCAGAGCAGCCUUCAUCACCUCGUAGUGUUAGUCCUCCAGGAGAGUCUGCGAGCCAGCAGAGGAGUCCAAGUCCCACCACUCACACACUGAACCCACCUCUGUCCAGCAGCAGUCCCAUCCAGAGUUCACAGAGUGAUCACCCGUUAGUGGAGAGCAGCGUCAGCACUCCCUCCCAGCCCACUACUGAUUCUGGGUUCCGCUCCCAGGCUACAGAGAGUGCCUAUCCUACACCCACCCCGUCAUAUCAAGCCCUGAUUACCCCUACUUCUUCCUACCUGGAUUCUAGCUCCCCCACCUCUUCCUAUCUUGGAACUGCUACACCCACACCGUCUUACCUUGGUCCCAACACUCUCCUGGGCAACUACGUGAUCUCGGAUCCUAGUCCACCAAAGUCAGAGCCUUCUCAGAUCACACUUGGCCAUGCAAGUCCCCACCCACAGCUCCAGACAAACAUUUUGGGCCCUACUCAUGAUCCGGUCUUCCAGCAGCGUCCGAGUGUUUCCGGUCAAGGUGUUUCCGUAAUGACCCAGCAGACAGUCCCAGCUAAUGGCUUUGACAUGGGCAUGCCAGGGCACGCUGGAAGUCCCAUCCUUAGCCGUCGUCUGUCUCAGGGAGCUCAAGGCAGCCCAGUCCUCAGCAGACAGGCGUCUUUAGGACAGGGGCUCCAGCAGAGUCCGGUCCUCAGCAGACAGCCGUCGCUGGGCCAGGCUAUUCAGAGCAGCCCUGUGCUCAGCCGACAACCAUCCAUUACACAUGCUCAUGGAAGUCCGGUGCUCGGCCGGCAUCCAUCUGUUUCACAGAUGUCCCAGAGAAGCCCCAGUUUAGAUCGUCACCCCAUGCACAGUGGUUACACCACACCAGAUGAAAGACACGGGAACCUGUCUCGACAGAGCAGCUCUUCAGGCUACCAGGGACCGCCCACCCCCUCCUUCCCCAUCUCCCCUGCAAGCUACCCUGAUGGAGGAAUGAUGGGAACGGGCGUAGGGUUCAGGCAGGGCAGCCCAGCCCCGGGUUUCCAACCCCAGCUGCCCGAAAAGAGGAGAAUGUCAAGUGGCGAUCGGCCAAACGGCGCCCUGUCCUACGGCACGCUGAAUGGGAAGGUGAUGUCCCCGAUGAGUGGAGGAAGUACCCCCAGCUACUUUCACACCCUGUCCGACUUCUCAAGAUUCACUAUACCUGAUGGAGGCCCUGACAGCAGGCUCAACGUGAAGUUUGUUCAAGAUACGUCCAAGUUCUGGUACAAACCAGACAUUUCAAGAGAACAAGCAAUCGGCCUGCUGAGAGAGCGAGAUCCUGGAGCCUUUGUCAUCCGGGACAGCCACUCAUUCAGGGGGGCUUAUGGUUUGGCCAUGAAAGUGGCGUCUCCUCCCCCCUCCGUGCAUCAGAACAAGAAAGGUGACAUAACCAACGAGCUGGUGAGGCACUUCCUGAUCGAGAGCAGCCCCAAAGGAGUGAAGCUGAAAGGCUGCCCCAACGAGCCGUACUUCGGUUGUCUGUCUGCGUUGGUCUACCAACACGCGAUCACACCACUGGCCCUGCCCUGCAAACUCCUCAUCCCCACCACAGAUCUGAUCGAGGAAGCGCCAGAAGUGUCGACGGCAAACCCUCUGGCCGACCGGCUGAAACAGGGAGCAGUGCAGAGGCCCCCUGCUGAUUCCCAUGCAUGCAACGUUCUCUACAUCAACUCUGUGGAGAUGGAGUCCCUGACGGGCCCUCAGGCGGUCGCCAAGGCCAUAUCCGAGACCCUGGCCGCCGCUUCCCCGCCCACGGCCACCGUCGUGCACUUCAAGGUGUCUUCGCAAGGCAUCACGCUCACCGACAACCAGAGGAAGCUUUUCUUCCGACGCCACUACCCCACCAACACAGUCACGUUCUGUGACACCGACCCUCAGGACAGAAAGUGGAACAAGCCUGAGGGAGGAACCGUCAAGCUGUUUGGCUUCGUGGCUCGGAAGCAGGGAAGCACAACGGACAACGUGAGUCACCUUUUCGCCGAGCUGGACCCGGACCAGCCCGCCAGCGCCAUCGUCAACUUCGUGUCCAAGAUGAUCGCCUCGCAGAAGCGAUGAGCGCCGAGCAGAAACCAACCCUGACGCCCUUUUUUAAACACCUUUGGUUUAUUGUCUUUGCUUUUAACCCCAGAGAAUCACUUCGGCUUUGUGUUGACGCGUCACCUUAUUUUUUUUCCCCCCCGCUCUUCUUACUUUACCGUUUGUGUGUGUGCGUGUGUGUUAUGAAUGUCAGGAACGAGUGCUCGGUGUGUGUGUGUGUGUGUGUGUGCUCGUGCGCGGCUUGCCUUGCCCGCAUGUUGCUUUUACUCUCGAAUGGACUCCAGAACGGACCAGAGGAAGUGCAGGGUGGGGCGUGGCUGUGAGAGACAGCGGGAUGUGGAGGGGGGGUGUGAUCGGUGGUCUUUAACCUCCCCGGGGGGGGCGGGGCGGGGAAACCCGUGGAGAGGGAAUGACAUUGUGCGUACAAAUGUUAAUUUUAAGUGUCGUUUAAAUGUUUGUGUUGAGAUGAAGUCAAGUAGCGCGGACGCUGAGGUGGAUCGUAAAUCUUAUCAGGCUUUUCGACCGGUCAACCAAAGAUUUUAAAAAAGCGGUCAGGGCGUGUAUAGUGUGCCACUGUCGGAGGGUCGAAAGUUUUCUUUUGUACAACAAAUAUGGCUGCUUAAUCAAAAAUACUGUUUCUUUCUGUAUGUACUGAUACUGUAGGUCAAUCGUACGCCGUGGUCUGUGUAAAUAUUUCCAAUCGCUUUUUCUUUUUUGUUUGUUUGUUUUUUUGUUUUUUGGAGUAGGACUGUUCUAGAUGACUGCUGGUGCCUGACUUUCUGUGCUAAAUGCAGAGCUUUUUUUUUUUUUUUUUUUGUAAAUCCACGCUGUCUUAAAUAUGCAAAAACAAACAAAAACAAAAGAAGAACCCUGGACAUGAUGCUGUGCUAGAGACCACAGGUCCUUCCCUUUACUGCAGCCGACAGGCUUCGUUGAUCUGAACAUGACGGAGGAUUGAGAGGCGGUGUCGAUUUGUUUCUCGCCAUCCGGCGUUCAGCCCGUCUCGUCCCACUGAAGCUCUCCGUCAGCCAGCCAAAUCUCUCACUCUCAUCCUACCCAAAAGGAAGCUAUACAUAUAAAUAUACAUUUAUAGAUAAAAAAUAUAUAUAUAUAUAUUAACUUCCAAACAGUGACUUAAGAUAUUUAUUUUUUUGCUUUGUUGCUCUAUGUUACCUUGUAUACAUGUAUUAUAAAGUAUACAUCCAGAUUACUGAAAGAGAAGUGAGUGUGUCGACAUAAACAAGGUGUAAAGUGUGUGUGCAUUUCAAAGUGUAUCACUGUUGAUUCUGAAUGUUUUCAGUUUGUUUUUUUGUUUGAUUGUUUGUUUUUUCAAAGCAUUAUUUUUUCCUUUGUUUUAACGUUGGGGGAACCUUCUUGGGGGAGUAUUUUCUAUGACAGAUUGUUUUUAACUCAAAACAAAAGAAAAAAAAAUUGGAGUGGCCCUAAAGUUAUAAAAGCCGACACGAUUGUUUUUAUUAACUUAAACCUGCCUAGGAACGACGUCGUCUAAGUUUUAGCACUUAAUUGUUGAAGUAUUAUGGCUGGAUUUGUUU